AUGGAAUGCGACCUGAUGGACGUGUCGAUAGCGGAGUCCAUUCAGGCUGAUGAAGUGUGGACCGGUGUAACGUAUGCUGUAGCAGCUUUCUUGUUGCAAUUAGGUGAAGUGGAUAAAGCAUUCCAUACGGCUUCAGGCUGUUAUGAUGCAUGCUUCGCCCACGUGCUGGCUUGCAAGUAUCAAACACCGGAAGCGCUGUAUGAAACCAGAUUCUACCGUGCGAUCGGCUAUAUGCGUCCAUUGAGUAUGUUGGUGGGAAUUUAUGCAGUGGGCGAUUCAACGUCAUUCUGA